AGAAGCUGCAGAGAUUAUGGCUGAAUAAAUCUUUUUUUUGGGUUAGAUAUCUCCACCUAGUGGUUAAAAACAUUCACUGCACGUUAAAUUUAACCGAGAUUUCUAUAUGAGAAUUUAGCAACAAACACAUUGAUAUUCAUAUAGUAUUGAAAUAGCUUGCAUAUAUCUUCCUAUAUGCCUAAUUAUCCUAAGCAGUGCCUCCAAACUAUAGAACAAAUACAGUGUGAUUCAUAUACUGCACGUAAAGUUAAAUCCAGACCAUCAAUGCUAUUGAGAAUUUAAUUAGAAAUAUAAAAUACCAAUAUAUUCUCCUUAUGAACAGUGUCAGUUGCUAACCUCAUAGUCCUGGUUAGAAAUAUUUCUUAGCAACUCUGCUAGAAAAAUACUACAAAUAUUUAACACUAACCUCUGGACUUGGCAAAACAAACACGGAUAACAUAUUCUCUAUGGCUGAAAAGACUAUGAAAUGUCCUUGCAACGGUUAAAAAUUAGCAUUGUUAACACCACGGACAUUUUCUGUGAAGAUGAGAAGGCUCUUACUUGGACGGACACUGUGGAGUUCAGCAAAAGCUUCUAUCUUUGUCCAGAGGACGACACUACAAAGAUCUAUGUGUCACGUAGAACAUAAAAAGAUCAUGGAAGAGGGGAAACCAUGGGCUCUGAUCUCGGAGGUGGGGAAGAAUGGUUAUCUCCAAGAACUGGCAGAUAUAUUGAAAAAGCACUUUCAAAUUGUCAGCCUCAAAGACUUUCAGCAGAAUUCUCAGGUGUACAGCCACAAGAUCCAGGUCUUAUUCCUUUGGAACGCCUAUCCUCAGGUGACACUGCCCCUGCUCAGCUCCCUGCCGUUGCUGAAGGUGGUUUCAAAUGGCGGAGUGGGCAUCGACCACUUAGAUGUGCCCUACAUCUCCAGUCUGGGGGUGAAAGUGACCAACACGCCUAAUGUGGUGAACGAGGCCACUGCGGACAUGGCCAUGGCUCUGCUGCUAGCAUCUGCACGGAGGGUUGUUGAAGCUCACCAGAUAGCUAUUCACCCCAAGACUACAGAUACACCGCAAUGGAUGAUGGGAGAUGAAGUCACAGGUGCCACCUUGGGGAUCAUUGGUAUGGGACGUAUUGGGUACAAGAUUGCCCAGAGAAGCAGAGGAUUUGACAUGAAGGUCUUAUAUCACAACAGGAAAAGGAGAAGCGUGGAAGAUGAGAACGCUGUUGGAGCGAGUUACUGUCAGACCAUGGAUGAUCUUCUGAAAGAGUCAGACUUUGUGGUCCUGGCGGUUGACCUCACACCUGAAACCACUAGGCUGAUCAGCCACAAAGAGCUGAACCUCAUGAAACCCACAGCAACACUGGUCAACAUCAGCAGAGGUCUGGUUGUAGAUCAGGACGCCUUGGUCAAAGCUCUGCAGAGUGGGAUAAUUCGAGGAGCUGCGACAGAUGUGACAUAUCCAGAACCUUUACCAAGAGAUCACCCCCUCCUCAACUUUCCUAAUAUGCUGAUUACACCUCAUAUUGGUACCAACACCUACUCCACCAGCAGACGUAUGGUACAGAUGAUGGUAGACAAUGCCCUGGCUGUAAUCAGGGGAGAGCCUCUACUCAAUGAAGUCAAACCAAAGUGACUCUGUACUACUGUGUCUGAAAGUGCCUAAAUGUUUCCUUGACUCUAAUAAAGAUUAAGGUUAUUUUGUUAAUAUAGGGAAUAAACUUGUCCUGUAAGGGGUCCUGUCCAAUGAUGGUUUAUAUUAGAUAUAAUUGUUGUGAGGAUACCUAAUUUACUGAUUAUGUAAUAGUCUAUUUCUAAUAAUUUUACCUAGGAAAUUUGAGUCGCACGUCUUCCUCAUAUACAAUAUAAUCGUUGUGGCGCAGCGGAGUAACCGCUGACAUCCCUGAUUAAAAUAAAAAA